AUGAGCGCAAAGACAAGGAGACAAAAGGCCGCGCAGGCCGCGCAGUCCGACAGCGAUGUGCCAUCGCCCGCCAGCAACGGAGCCGUGAAAACACCGAAGAGGAGCAAGAGCAAGUCUCCUUCUCCCCAACCAGAGGCGAAGGAGAACGUAUUCCUCUUUGCCCCUAAUCUCAUUGGAUAUUCCCGAGUCGUCCUCACGAUUGCCUCCCUCUACUACAUGCCUCUCCAUCCGCGUACCUGCUCCAUUCUUUACAGUGUUUCAUGUCUGCUGGACGCCCUGGAUGGAUAUGCCGCUCGAUAUUUUAACCAAUCUACUACCUUUGGUGCCGUGCUUGACAUGGUGACGGAUCGUUGCACAACCGCUUGUUUGCUUGUUUUCUUGAGCUCUGCCUGGCCGCGGUGGGCCAUUGUUUUCCAGGGAUUGAUUUGCCUGGACAUGGCUAGCCAUUACAUGCACAUGUAUGCCACCCUGAGCCGGGGUGGUUCCAGCCAGAGCCACAAGAAGGUUGAUGCGACCAGAAGCUGGGUUCUGUACCAGUACUACCACAGCAAGACUGUGCUUUUCAUCUGCUGCGCCCUUAAUGAACUCUUCUUCAUUGGUCUCUACCUGCUCUCUUUCUCAUCGCCUACUCUUUCUCCAUCUCUUUUGCAACCUACUGAGCAGCCCGCCUCCGCGCAGCCUGGAAACCCUGCUCACCCGGCCCCAAGCAGCCUUUUUGCUAGCCCAUGGAGUGCUGGUGCUCUGGAAAUGGCCAGAGCCAACAAGCUUGACAGCUUCUGGCCAUGGGUGAUUACUGCUAUCUCUGCGCCCAUUAUGGCCUUCAAGCAGUUCGUCAAUGUUGUGCAAUUGGUCAAUGCCAGUCAGUGGUUGGCAGAGGGUGACCUUGCAAGCCGGAGGGAGGCGCGGAACGGCAGGAAGCGAUAA